GAUGCACUUGUGAGGAAAGGGUGAAAUCCCGAUUGAAAAGUACAACCUCGCCAGAUUUUCCGCGUUGUUUCGUUCGAAAUAAGGCGCCUACGAGCCGGCAAGAGUUUAUGUUUCUGGGCCGCAAAGACAUUUGUACAGCUACUGAACCUUCUGGAGCGGAAAAUUGACGACGGCUACUCUUUUUCCUUUCGCCAUGGCUUCGACGUUUUCUGUCGGUCAGCGAGGCUAGGCUAACUCGUUGCUAGCCACCGAGGUCGCCUCCUCCACUUCGACUUGCACCCUUUCGGAACUUGUACUAAAUAUGGCAAAAGUGCGGUGAACGCUCUUUUGACGAGUUCCCGGAGAGCACCAUGACGCUGGCGCCGAAGGAGCUGUCCAACCUGCUGGGCAUCAUGUCGGAGGAGGCUUGCAGCAACACGUUCGAGACGCUGUCCACGCACUUCCACCACUUCUUUAGCAAGGCGGAGCACUUCCGCGCCGGCUCGGUGCUCGUCAUGCUCCUGCAGCAGCCCGACCUGCUGCCCAGCUCGCCGCAGCGGCUCACCGCGCUCUACCUGCUCUGGGAGAUGUACCGCACCGAGCCGCUGGCCGCCAACCCGUUCGCCGCCGUCUUCGCGCAUCUGCUCAACCCCGAGCCCGAGAAGCUGCUCUCAGGCUUCCUGCCACCCAUCACUCAGCCCGAGAAGUUCUUCCUGUCGCAGCUGAUGUUGGCGCCGCCAAGAGAUUUGUUCAAGAAGACGCCCCGCCAGGUGUCCUGCAUGGACAUCAGCAGCAUGCCGCAGUCCAUCGACAUCAGCGGCCUGCAGCUUGCCCUAGCCGAGCGUCAGUCCGAGUUGCCGACGCAGAGCAAGGCCAGCUUCCCCAGCGUCCUCAACGACCCCGACCCGGACUCUUCCAACUCUGGAUUCGACAGCUCCGUGGCCAAUCAGAUCGUUGAGUCGCUGGCCACCGGGCCACGCCCACCGCUGGAGAGCCACUUCCGUCCCGAGUUGAUCCGUCCUCCUCCUCCGCUGCACGCGUGCGACGACGAGCUGGCUUGGCUCACCCCCACCGAGCCGGACCACCGCGUGCACUGGGACCGUUCCAUGUGCGUCAAGAACAGCACCGGCCUGGAGGUCAAGCGCGUCAUGGCCAAGGCCUUCAAGAGCCCGCUGUCCUCGCAGCAGCAGGCGCAGUUGCUGACCGAGCUGGAGAAGGACCCGAAGCUGGUGUACCACAUCGGGCUGAGCCCCGCCAAGCUUCCCGACCUGGUGGAGAACAACCCGCUGGUGGCCAUCGAGAUGCUGCUCAAGCUCAUGCAGAGCAGUCAGAUCACAGAGUACUUCUCGGUUCUCGUCAACAUGGACAUGUCUCUGCACUCCAUGGAGGUCGUCAACAGGUUGACCACAGCUGUGGACUUGCCUCCAGAGUUCAUCCACCUUUACAUCUCCAACUGCAUCUCCACCUGUGAGCAGAUCAAAGACAAAUAUAUGCAGAACCGUUUGGUGCGUCUGGUGUGCGUGUUCCUUCAGUCUCUGAUCCGUAACAAAAUCAUCAACGUUCAGGACCUGUUCAUCGAGGUCCAGGCCUUCUGCAUCGAGUUCAGUCGCAUACGCGAGGCGGCCGGACUCUUUCGCCUUCUCAAAAGUCUGGACACCGGGGAUGGACCCCCUGAUGCCAAGACUGCUAAAUAACAUCUACAAAUAGUGUAAAUAGCUUUACUUCUUUCAACACAUGAAAAUAAACUUUUUUGGGGGGGGAUGUUUGAA